GAUCUGUCUUCAACUUUCAUUAACACUUACUCUAGUAGACAAAGAGAGAUAGACAAAAGAAAAAACAGAGUGUAUACUCUGGUUUGUUUAUUGAUAAAAAAUAGUGUCUGAAAAGAACAAGAAGUAGAGAAAAGAAAUGGGGAGACAACCAUGCUGUGACAAAGUAGGGUUGAAGAAAGGACCAUGGACUGCAGAUGAAGACAGGAAGCUCAUGAACUUUAUCCUCACUAAUGGACAAUGUUGUUGGAGAGCUGUUCCGAAGCUUGCUGGUCUUCUCAGGUGUGGUAAGAGUUGUAGACUUCGUUGGACAAAUUAUCUUCGACCAGACCUUAAGAGAGGUCUUCUCUCGGAUUACGAGGAGAAGAUGGUCAUUGACCUCCAUUCCCAGCUCGGCAACAGAUGGUCAAAGAUAGCUUCUCAUUUACCAGGAAGAACAGAUAAUGAAAUCAAGAACCAUUGGAACACUCACAUCAAGAAGAAGUUAAGGAAAAUGGGGAUCGAUCCUCUCACUCAUAAACCACUCUCUAUGGUUGAACAAGAAGACGAAAAACCUUUAAAGAAGGUGCAGAAACCUGUGGAGGAACGAACUAAUUAUGGUAAAGACAACAACAGCAAGAACAUGUUUGUAAGUUACGAGGAUCAGCUUAUGGGGAUGAAUCCUGAGUAUGGCGUCGGAGAAGUCCCUAUGAUUGAUCCAGAGAGUUUAGAGCUUAUCGGCAAGAACUUUGCAAUGUCUUCAUCCACAUCCACGUCUUCCAGUUCCUCUAAUGAAUCAAGUAUCUUGAAGGAUUUGCCGUUUCCGGAUUUCGAUUGGUCGGACUAUGGUAAUGAUAGUAAUAACAAUGGUGUGGACAACACUGUUGAGAACAAUAUGAUGAGCCUGUGGGAUGUUGAUGACUUUAGCAGUUGGGAUUUGCUGUUAAAUGGUGAUAUUCCUCAGAGUUCUGCCACGUUUGGGUUGUUUUGAAUUUAUUUUUAAGUCUAUAUUUUCUUUGUAAAAUUGAAACUAUGAGGGGACAGAAAAUCCUAAAUACACUUAUUCCGUCUUGUUAAAGGUGAUAUUUUAAAGAAUGUUUUACUUGAGAAAGAUCUAC